AUGGGGAAAGACUUCAAAAGUAUGGUGACACGAUGCAUCUACGUCGGAAAAGAGAACGAUAACGUCAAGAAGCUGAAAUCCGCGACGGAGGAGCUCAAGGAUCUACGCAGCAAUGUGAUGAAAAGAGUCAAAAUGUACGAAGACCAGCAGAAGCUUAAGCGGCUCGAAAAAGUCCAGGUUUGGCUUAGACAAGCCGAUGGAGCGAUCAAAGAAGCAGAAGAGAUGAUGAUGAAUGUGAUUUCUUCUUCUUCUUCUUCGAAAGGUUCGAGCGUGAUGAUGAGAAGUAGUCACAAGAUGGACAAGAAGCUUUGCAAGAAGCUCAAAGAGGUUCAAGAGAUAAAGAGCCGAGGAACAUUCGAUGCGGUGGUUGAGAAUAGUGGCGUUGGUGGUGGUGGAUCGAUGAUGAUCUCGACCGCUGAUAGAGAUGAUCAGACGAUUGGACUGGAUGCGGUUUCGGGGUUAGUGUGGAGGUGCAUGACAGUGGAUAACACCGGGAUAAUCGGCUUGUUCGGCGUGGAAGGUGUUGGGAAGACGACCGUGUUGACACAGGUCAACAAUAGGUCGUGGACGAGCAAGACCGACGAAGAGAAAGCCGGUAAGAUCUUCGAGAUACUUAGCAAGAGACGGUUUGCUUUGUUCCUCGACGACGUUUGGGAGAAAGUCGAUUUAGUGAAAGCUGGUGUGCCACUGCCGGACGGACAGAACAGAUCAAAGAUUGUAUUCACAACCUGUUCGGACGAGGUUUGUCGGGAAAUGGGAGCACAAACGAAGAUCAAAAUGGAGAAGCUACCAUGGGAGAGAGCUUGGGACUUGUUUAAGAAGAAUGCCGGAGAUGAGACAGUGAAGAGUCACCCUGAUAUAACCAAGGUGGCUCUGGUCACAAUCGGCCGGGCCAUGGCUUCUAAGAAAACACCUCAGGAGUGGCGUGACGCUCUGUACAUCUUGAGUAACUCUCCUCCCAAUUUCUCAGGUUCAUGCUAUACUAUUAGUUUUAUUAUUACUACAUUAACCUGCAUUUGUGUGUGCGUGUAUUAUCAAUAA